UUUACGGCUUCAUUGGAGCAGAUCGUUUUUGAUUUGAUUUUUUUUCCGAAUUUCUUUUGCUUAACUAAAUUGCUAAGAAAUGGGAUUCUCCAGCACACAGUUGGGGCUUGAAGAGAACGCUAUAUCGCAAGUAGACGAUCAAGCGACAUUGGAAAGCAUCAAGAAAAAUCUGACCCCAGAAAGACCUAUAGCUGUACAAGUGAAAAAUGCAUGCAAAACCUACGGGAGAGGACCACCCAUUUUAGAAAAUCUUAACAUGACAGUACCUAGAGGAACAAUCUAUGGACUCCUUGGUGCUAGUGGAUGCGGUAAGACCACAAUUUUGUCUUCUAUCGUUGGUUUGAAAAAAUUGGACUCGGGGGAUAUCUGGGUGUAUGGAGCUAGGCCAGGAUCAAAGGAAUCGGGAAUUCCAGGGAAGACUAUUGGGUACAUGCCACAGGAUAUCGCUUUAUAUCAAAAGUUCACAAUCGAAGAAAUCUUGAAUUACUUUGGAGGAAUUUAUGGAAUGACCAAAUCCGAUGUGACUGCACGUAUGGAUUUUUUAAUGAGUUUUUUAGAUUUACCAGAUUGCACCAGGAGGAUUGAUUCUCUGAGUGGAGGACAGCAAAGGAGAGUAUCACUCGCUGUUUCUUUGAUUCAUAGUCCAGCCUUAGUCAUCCUAGACGAACCUACAGUGGGCGUGGAUCCAUUAUUGAGAGAAAACAUCUGGACAUAUUUAGUCGACCUCGUGUCCAGAAGACGCACUACCGUAAUUAUCACGACACAUUACAUUGACGAGGCUAAAAAUAGCCACACGGUGGGAUUGAUGAGAAAUGGAAAACUUCUCGUCGAGCAAGCUCCAAAAGACCUGCUCGAGGAACAUCAAGCCGAUCUCCUUGAAGACAUUGUGCUAAAAUUGUGUCGAAACGAAGUCAAGAAACCAACUGAUGAAGUGUCCGAAGCAAUUCAGGAAAUGUCAUUUUACACACAACAACAAAUUUCUGGUCAAUCAAGCAAUGGAAAAAAUGGAGCAAGUAAUGCUGUAGUCGGACUUAAAUUCAAGCCCCGUUCUCCCGAUGAUGACAAUAUUGUGAUGCAACAAAGAAAUCGAUCCCAGUCCAUCCGGCGUCGUCAGUCCGUCAUCGAAACCGUGAACAAUUCAUUUGCACGACAAUCUGACAAGGUUUUUUCGCUCGUGAGGAGAAAUUUUUUGACACUGUUUCGAAAUCCGAUAUUUGUAGUUGGUCUCCUAAUCAUGCCCACGUUUCAAACGGUGCUUUUUAAUUACAUAGUAGGCAGGGAGCCGAUUAAUAAGCGGAUGGGAGUGGUCAAUGGAGAUUUUGAAAAUCGGACGAGCUAUUGUGCCGAUAGAGAACCAGGAUGCUUUAAAGAAGGACUGAGCUGCGAUUAUAUGAAUAGAUUUGGAAACAAUAUUUUAUGGGACAACUUUGAAACGGCGGAUGAGGCAUUUGAAAGCGUAAAAAGCGGAGCUGUCAAAGGGUUUAUGGAAUUUCCGGAUAAUUUUACAACCCACAUGAAAAAUAGAGCACUGCAUAGAAACUACGCGGAUAAUGAGACGUUAGUUGGAUCCACAAUUAAUUUUCAUAUGGACUUUUCAGAUUAUUUGAUGAACGUCUUUCUGCUCAAUAAUAUUUUCAAGAACUAUCUGGCUUUCGCCAAAGGGUUGGUGGAGGAUUGUGGCGGUGAUAGCAGACUGAUGGAUACUCCGUUAAAGUACAAUGCCAUUUAUGGGAGCCUCGAUUCUAGAAAUGCGGAAUACAUGCAGCCCCCGCAAAUAUUAUUAAUCAUGUUCCUUCUCCCGAUGACCGUGGCUGUGACAUAUAUUUGGGACAAAAAAUCUGGGACAUUGGACAGAACCAUGGUCGCAGGAGUCGAUUAUUUCCAUGUCGUUAUCUCCCUUCUGGUUACCGAAGGGCUCCUGAUGAUUAUAGAACUCAUCCUCUGUCUAGCGACGCUCAUUUUUGUGUUCAACUUUAAAGUUCAGGGUUCCCUUAUUCUCUGUUUUGCGCUGGGAAUACUAACAGGAAUUUGUGGACUGUCUUUUGGUUUUCUAUUUGGAGUUAUGUGCGAUCAUGAGAUAGAAGUCCUCGUAUGGUCACUAUUUGUCUAUCUGCCAACGAUGGUUUCGUCGGGAUCUACGCCUAGAGAGGGGAUUGAACCAUGGGCGAAAUUAGUGACGGGAUAUCUUCCAAUUACCAAGCCUGCCGAGAGUAUCAGGAGUAUUGUGACCCGUGGGUGGGGAAUUACCCACCCGCUUGUUUAUCCGGGAUUUGUCGUGCUAUUGGUUUGGAUAAGUCUUUGUUGGAUUUUGAGCGGAUUUGUUUAUCGUAUGAGAAGAUAA